CCCAGAACCACAAGGUGAUUUCGAAGAAGAAGAAGAAGAAGAAGAAGAAGAAGAAGAAAAUGAAGAAGAGGACAUGGAUAAUGAUGCAAAACCAUCCAGCGAUGUUCCUUCAAAAUUUCUUCUUUACCAACAAUCUGUGCAGUGGAAAUUUUGGGGUUUCCCUCCGUAGCCCUGUGAUGCACGACCUAUGGAUUUGUUGAGGCACUGGCAAUGCAAACUUCUACUUUGCAACUGCAAUAGCUUAUACUUGCUUGCAGAUUUUUUUGGUGGUUGAGAGUGGCAGUGCCAUGCUUAAACAUGAUAGGAAGCUAAGAAAGCCAUCUGUCGUAAAUCUUCUAGAUGGAAAAUCUUAAUCACUUUUACUGAAACCUGGAUACUUUUCUUUUGAUGUGGCAUCUAUUGGCCCUCGAAUGUUCAAACCCCAAGAAAACUUUGCUGUCACCCAAAGGAGACAUCAGCUAUUUGCAGAAGUUCUUUUUAAUGUAUGUUGGUGGGAGGUUGCCUCUCCAUCUCCAGGAAGAUUUCUGUGGGACUGCUCUUCUCAGCACAGAAUGGCUCCGUAGUGACUCAAGACGGACUGCUGUGGGAGUGGAUUUGGACCUUGAGGCACUAAAUUGGUGCAUGGAGAACAACGUAAGUAAAAUUGGGGCUGAUGGAUAUUCUAGAAUGUCCCUCUUUCAUGGAAAUGUUUUGCAACCUUUUGAGGCUAAACUAGUCAGGUUUGAGCCCCAAGAACUGAUAAGUAACAUUAAAUUAAGAGAGCACAAAGACAAUUCAGAGUGUAAUGUGCUGGAAUCUACUGUCCAAGCAGGCUCAUAUGAUUCUACUGGUGAUAAGUACUUGAAGAGAAACUUCCCAUUGCCAGCAAGAGACAUUGUGUGUGCUUUUAACUACAGCUGCUGUUUUCUUCAUAAACGAGCAGAUCUGCUUUUGUAUUUCAAACAUGUUCUUGAUGCUUUGUCCAAAAAGGGGGGUAUAUUUGUGAUGGAUUUAUAUGGUGGAACAUCGUCAGAGUGCAAGCUAAGGCUCCAGAGAAGAUUUCCAAAUUUCACGUAUAUUUGGGAGCAGGCUGAAUUUGACAUAAUUGAGCGCAAAACAAGGAUUAGCCUCCACUUUCAUCUUCAGAAGCAGCAGAAAAAACUUCGUCAUGCAUUUUCAUACAGCUGGAGGCUGUGGUCACUGCCAGAGAUCAAGGACUGCUUGGAAGAAGCAGGAUUUCAUUCUGUCCAUUUUUGGCUUCGGCAGAUGCCAGACAGUGAAGAAAACAGAACUACAGAGGGAUUUGGUGUUGGUCGAGACAUAAAGUAUGAGGAGGUCAGAAAUUUCGAACAAGAAGAUUCUUGGAAUGCAUAUAUCAUAGCUGUUGCAAAGUAAAGCCAUAUUGUGGCUUCAUCUUCUGGAGUUGAUCUUGCUAUGCUAUAUGCAUUGCUGCAAAAGAACUGGAAUGAUAUAUUGACUCGGUUCUAGAGAGAUUUUGUCUGCAUUUAUAGUAGCCACGUUUUGGAAUUAAAUUUUCUGAACAAUACUUUGUGUAAUAGAUGAUAGUUAUUUCUUCAAAUUGAUAUCAUAAACUGUGGAUUUGCA